UGGAACAUGUAUUGUGCAGUUACACUUUGCACUGAAUUAAGGAAAGUGUUUGGAAGGAUGGAUUUCUGAAAAACCAACGUGAAAUGGAUUGCAUCAAAACAAACAAAGCAAUUAUGUAUGGAAGUACAUGACUUCGAAGGUGAUCUUUUCCGUGAAACUCGUACUUGUGCUUACAAAACAAAUGUGAAGUGUAUACCAACAAGUUAUUAACUAAAUUAAAAAUGAUUGACGUCGAAUAAAAUAACGCCGAACUUUCCAUAAUUGUCAGUAUAUUACAAAUAAACAAUGAGAGAGAAUUCUAAUAUUACUUAUAUUCUUCCACGCUGGGAACAUUAUCCUCCUCUGGCAACUGAAACUUACAUCGUUAUUGUAGUUGUCAUAGUGUUGACUCUGAUUGUUGGAACCCUUGGAAAUUGUACAGUCAUAUUUCUAUUCGCAAAGUACAAAAGUUUGCGGACGACCCCCAACAUUCUACUGUUGAAUUUGACGGUCGCGAGUCUCCUGAUGUGUGUUUUCUCUAUGCCAAUUAUCAUUGUUCAUUGCAUCGUCGAUCAACCCAACUACCAAGACCAAGUGCAGGCUUUUGUUUGCAACGGGGACGCAUUCACCGGUGCUUUCGUCGGUUUUAGCGGAAUACUUUCUGUGACAGCUUUAGCCAUCGAUCGCUGCAACGUAAUAUCGAGACAAAACGGUGGGCACCGAUCAGGUAGCAAAAAAUUCUCCUACUGUAGCACUGUUCUUAUCUUCAUUAUUUCGUUUACAUCUGCAUUAGCCCCGUUGUUGGGAUUCGGCAAGUUUGUGCAGGACGGCUCAGAAAUAUUCUGUACAUUUGAUUUCUUCACAAGGAGUGUUAAUAAUGUAAUGUACAAUGUGUUCAUACAACUUACCUUCUUUGUGGUUCCUCUAAUUGCCAUUGUGACUAGCUAUACAUGUAUUUAUCUUACUGUGAGAAAACAUGAAAGAACAUUUUUCAAAGGAAAUAAAGGUAUCGAAAACCAAGAGUGCUCUCUGCGCCGCAUUUGUAAGGAAAGAAAGCAAGUGAAAACGGAAGUAAAAAUUGCCAAAGUGACUGUGAUAUGCGUAUCCGUGUUCUGUAUAUCCUGGUUUCCAUACGCCAUGGUAGCCCUUAUUGGGUUAUUUGGUGAUUGUGAAGGUAUAGAUCGCAUGGUUACAGCUCUUCCAGCUAUUUUUGCCAAAGUAUCGACGGUCUUAAACCCUCUAAUUUACGUGAUACUGCAAGGACAGUUCAAGAAAAAAAUCGUUCUCAUGCUGUACAGAAGACCCGACGGUGUUCGUCUUUUGUCGACUACGGAACAGACAAGUACCAUAAUGUGAUGAUUAAUCAAGACGGCUGCCAUUGUGCAUAUUGAUACACAUUAACAUGUACAGUUUACGUAUCCAUUAAUUUAAAACAAAUGUGAAAAUGUAUGCAUAUACUUUAUUUGCAAAUAGAAAAUAUCUUUUGAAUUGUUUAUCUAUACGGGUAAACAUAAUCACAGUUCUUAAAUGUGCAGUGAAACUGCGAAAAAAAAACGAAAAAUUUACUCAUAUUCUAUGUUUACAUUUUUCUUUUGGUGUAGAAUCGAGAUCGAGCGACCGGAAAGAAAAACAUAUAUACGUGUCUUAA